AUGUUAAGCUGUCUAUUAUUUCUUUAUACAUUUGGAAUUUGUCAAUGUUUACAACGUCCGCUUGUUAUUGGACAUCGUGGUACAGCUUAUUUACCUGAACUUACAUUAGCUUCUCAAUCAAUGGCUCAUGCAUAUGGUGCUGAUAUAAUCGAAAUCGAUGUAUGUCUUAGUCGAGAUAAUCAAUUAAUUGUUAUUCAUGAUAUCUAUUUGGAUGGAGUAACUAAUGUUGGUGAUGUGUAUCCGAAUAGAAAUCGUUCAGAUGGUCUUAAUUAUGUUAUUGAUUUUGAUCUUGAUGAAUUGCGUCGUUUAAAUAUUCAUGAACGAGUUCGACCAUUGAAUGGUACACAAGUUUAUCCAUUACGUUUUCCUUCAAAAUCGAAAGUACCUUUUCAUCUUUCAACACUUAAUGAAACAAUUGAAUUACUAUAUGGUCUUAAUCGUGCAACAGGUCGACAACGUCAAUUACUUAUUGAAAUAAAAAAACCUGAAUAUCAUUCAAAAUAUAAUAAAUCAAUAUCAUCUAUUGUACUUGCUACAUUAAAUGCUUAUAAUUUAACACGAUCAAGUGAUCCAAUUAUUGUUCAAACAUUUCAUAUUGAAGAAUUGAUGUAUAUUCGUAAAGAUCUCGGUAGUCAAUUGCGUUUAUUUGCUUUAAUGACAUGGAAUGACAUUCAAGAAUCAUCAAGUGAUUAUGAUUUUUAUCGAAGUGAAGUAGGUAUUAAAAAUCUAUCAGAAAUUGUUCAAGGAUUAGCACCUAAUCAUCAAUUAGUUGUUGAUUAUGAUGUAAAUGGUGCAAUCGUACGUACUACUAAUCUAACAAAAUGGGCUCAUCAAUAUAAUCUUAGUGUUUAUCCAUAUACAUUUCGACAAGAUCUAUUUUCUGGUAGUCGUUUUGAAGAACUUGUUAAAUAUUUUUGGAAUACAGUACAAGUGGAUGGCUUUAUAACUGAUCAUCCAGAUGUUCGUAAGCCUGGUAAAACAGAUCUUUUAGAUGAAGCAAUUUAUUACAAACGUGAUGAAGCAUUUGAACGACCUGUUGAGAUUAUCAAUCGGCCAAUUAUCAAAGACACAAUUUUUAUGCCCGAUCGUAAAGUGCCUCCUUUAGCUACUGCACGAGAAAUGUAUACAGUCUCUCCUGAACCAAGGCCAACAGUAUAUACAACAACCUCAAAUGCUCCACCUUCUGCUUCAUUCAGUCUCAUUCGAGCUUUAGGAUUGAAUGCUGAUUGUCCAUGUUGGGCAUGGAUAUGUAUCGUUUUUGGCUUUAUUCUAUUACUUGGUCUUAUUGGCAUGUGUUUAUAUUUCAUUCUUGAACGCGAAGGAUAUCUCUAA